GCGAGCGCCCGGCGAACGGGCCGGGGACGCGGCGGCGGCGGCAGCAAGAUGGCGGCCAAGUCGGAUGGCGGCGGCGGCGGCGGCGGCGGCGGCGGCGGCGGCGGCUUCGCCCAGCUGCACAACCUGGACGAGGCGGCGGCGGCCACGGGCGGCGGCGUCGGGGCAGCGGCGGCCGAGGUGGCGGAGGAGCCGGGCGCGAGCAGCUCCUUGCACAUCUGCCACUGCUGCAACACGUCGUCUUGCUACUGGGGCUGCCGGAGCGCCUGCCUGCGGAACCUGUUCGGGCGGGCCGCCGCCACCGCCGCCGCCGAGCCGCUGGCCCCGCGCCCCCCCGCCGCCGCCGCCGAAGGGCCGCCGGAGGGCGGCGAGGCGGCCGAGCGGCCGUGGCUGGACUGCCUGUGGAUCGUGCUGGCGCUGCUGGUGCUGCUGGGGGAUGUGGGCACGGACCUGUGGCUGGCGCUGCACCACUACGGCCGGCGGGACUACGUGUGGUGCGGCCUCACCCUGGCCUUCGUGCUGCUGCCCUCGGUGCUGGUGCAGAUCCUGAGCUUCCGCUGGUUCGUGCAGGACUACACGGGCGGCGGGCUGGGCGCCGUGCAGGGGCUCAGCAGCCGCGGGCCGCCCAUGAUGGGGGGGACCGCGGGCCGGCGUGGGGGACCCGCCGGCGGGGUAGGAGGAGCCGGCGGCACCGCCACCCCCGGGGCGCAGCGCCUCUGCAGGAUCUCCGUCUGGGUCUGGCAGUCCGUCAUCCACCUGCUGCAGAUGGGGCAGGUCUGGAGCUUAAACCAAAGAGAACGGAGCAUUAAGGCAGAAUUUGGGUUAUUUUGACAUCACCUGAUUCCACCAUAGAAGGAGCUGUAGGAGACCAGCACUCUGGAAAACCUCCAACAAAAUGGUAUGAAAGGUUUUUAUGGGUGGUGAGAUGUUCCAGUGCUUGGAUCAAUCUGUUUCAUUUAAUGUGGGAAGGAGUGGAUUCUUAUUUUCUUUUACUAUUGUUUGGUUGGAUUGCUUUAAAUUUCUGGAAUUUUUUCAGCAGAGCUGAUCCAGGUAUAGAGAAAGAGAAUCAUGAAAUCAGAAUGGUUUGGGUUGGAGAGGACCUUAAAACCCAUCUUGUUCCACCCCUCUGCCAUGGGCAGGGGUGCCUUGCACUGUCCCAAGCUCCAAGCCCUGUCCAGCCUGGCCUUGGGCACUUCCAGGGCUGAAUGAGAUGAUUUUUAAGGUCCCUUCCAACCCAGUCCAUCCUGUGAUUCCCUGAUUUUCUAAAAGCUCAUCAGCAAUAACUCCACUCCCCAGGAUUUUUGUGCUGUUCUCCCUCAGCCCUGUGGCAGAGCAGAGCUUUAACUCCCAGCCUGCUGUGUCUCCGAGUUCAGACAUCUCUGCAGAAGAUUAAGCAAGUUAGAGAAAUUAGCUUUGAUCCCUUUCUGCCAGCAUAGGAUUUUUCCACAUCACACUGGGUUUGAAGUUCACACCUAAUCCAGUUUUACACAGCCCUGGGGGGGGCCAGGCUCCUCUGCUGCAGCCUCUGAUUUAGUGGCACUUCCUUGAUACUGAGAUUCAAUUUGCAUUGCCAUUACUGCAUCCCAUUCCAUCCCAUAAUGCUUCCUGGGAUCUGCCAAGGCCCAUGGAUCCUUACCCUCCCUGUGCUGUUUUGGGUGCUCACUGCAUCCAUUCAAAUAUGUGUAUCUGCUGUCCUGUGUGGAGGUUUUCAAGCUGUAGGAACAGAUUUACAUACAAAAAGGGUUUGGAGUGUCCAGCCUGGAUCUUUGUGCAUGGAAACAACUCGUGUGAAACAAGAUUCCAAGAGCCACCUGUGCAGAACUGAUGCUGAUCAUGGUAAAGUGGAGGGUCCUGUCCCAGUUUUCCAGAGAUUUAGUGCUCAGUCCUUAUCACACUACAUUUUAUUUAUGAUAUUUGUAACCCCAUAAGCUUUCUUCCUAAUAAAUAUGUAUUUUC